CUCAAUCACAGUAUAAAAAUGAUAAUGUAUAAUAUAAUGCAGCAUUUUAAUAAUAAUAAUUUAUUGUGGAAUAAUUUUAAUAUUUAUAUAAUCUAAGCAUAUCGAUUAAUGUUUAACAUAUAAUUUGUGAAACGUGAUUUUGCUAAGAAUAUGUUAUAACUAUUAAUAUGUGUGAUUGGGAUUGUGAAGUAGAUGAAGAUUGGGUGAAUUUUUUAAAGGAAUUCACUCAACCAUUAACUCAAGAACCUAUAGUGGAAGAUGAUCCAGAAGCAGAUCCAGAAUAUAAUGUUUCAGAUGAUGAAGAAACAGAAUUUUUGGAUAAAGAAGAGUUACGAGCUGAUAAAGCUGUAAAAGUUUCACGCAAGGAAUUAAAUGAUUUGAUUGCAGAAUUAUUUGAGUUUACAGAUACAUAUUCUAAACAAGAACAAGAAAGUUCAAAAAAGAAAAAAUCUUUAGAAAAUACAAAUUUUCCACAAAUACAAAUUGGAAAUGAUAUUGUGAAUGAAUCUGUAACAGAUAUAUUAUCUACUUACAAAGAAACUGACCAUUCCAAUUUAAUAAAUCCAAAUCAAAAAGAAUUAUUAGCAGUUCAAUUUCGUCAACAUGUUCAAUUAAUGGUGCAACAUUUUGCUAUGACAUAUAUGCAUCCAGAUUUACAUUCUCAAUCACAAACAUGUAAACAAAAUUUAAAUAGUAUAAAAUAUUUAAGUAAUGGACCUAAUUCUGCAUUUAAUGUGAUAAAUUUACCAGAUGCUUUAAAAUUAAUAUUUGAUUGGGAAAAAAAAUUUUUGGAUAAUGAAUUUUCUGAAGAUUUUAAAAAGGCUCUUAUAGAUGAAGAUCCAAUAAAGAAAAUAUAUCUUGUGCAAAAACAUAAAGGUGCAUCUAUUUUUCAUCCAGAAUUAAAAAAACUAUUUAUGGAAAGUAAAGCUUUAAUGUAUCCACAACUUUUACCUGAAAUACCAUUUAGACCUGAAUCAAUUAAAUUUGUACGACUUCCAUAUUUAAAAUCUGAAGAAAAUUUAAUUGCAUUAGGUUUGGAACAGUUUCUUCCUUUUGUUGCAUCUAAACCAAGAAAAUUUAAGAGUAAAAAACUUCAAUUAAUUGAUGCAGUACAAUUAAUUAUUCAAUAUUUAAUACCAUGUAGAGAACCUCAUGGAUUAAUAUAUCAUAUUCGAAAACGUCGAUGCGCAAAACAUGCAAAUCCAAUAAAACAUUACUUCGAAAAAGGUUCUGCUCCAAGAACAAUACAUUACAUUACAUUGGAAUGUGAUCUCAAAGCUCCCAAAGAUCAAUCAAUAAAUCUAUUACCUUCAGUAUGGCAGACUUAUCUUAGUAAUAUACACACAGAACAAAAAGUUGAUGUAUUAAAACGAAAAUAUAUACUUAAUUCACAUAAUGAUGUUAUAAAAAAAGAUUGUUUUACAAAUGGAAAUAGAAAUCAUAUUUCUAAUACUGUUCUCUUAUACAAUUCAUCUAUUAAUAUAUUACCAAAAAUAUUACCUGCAAAUCAGAAGAUAAGUAAAAAUAUAUCAAAAGACAAUUUGUGUUUAAAUGAAAAUUCUAAUUCUAAAAUUUUGAAAAAUAUUUCAAAUAAUGGAACUAAUAUUGAAUUACAUAAUAUACAUACAUUAAAUAAAGAGCGCAACAAUUCUUUAAAAAUCAUGACAUCACAAGAAAAAAAAGAGAAAAAGAUAGAUGGAAAUGAAUUUAAAAAAAUUCAAAAUGAUACAAAUCUUAUAUCAACACACUCGAAGUUUCGUAAAAAAUCUUCUGAAAUAGUACAAGAAUUACCACAAUUACGAAAAACUACACCUAGAUUAGCAAAAACAAGAAGUGCUCAAAACAUGAAAUUAAUGGCUCAAGUUUUAGGACCAAAAGCUUUAUCAUCUAAUAAUAAUACUUUAAAGUCUAGAGAAAAAAAUGAAAUAGAUACAAAUUUAGAAAAAAUAUCAACUUUACCUAAGAUAGAUAAUGAAGAUGAAAUAGCAGAAUUAAUGUUAGCUAGUACAACAAUUAAGAAAGAUUCUAUUAGUAGAAAGAAAGCAAAAGAAGCUAGAGAAUUAGAAAAUAUUAAAAGACUUUUAGAAUCUGAAAAUCCAUUAAAUGAAGAAGAAAGAGGUUCAAAAUUUGCAGCAUCAUAUCUUCAAAAAUUACAUUUAACAUUAGAAUCUAAUAAUCCAGCAACAUUACGAUCUAUUAUAAAAUUAUAUUUAGAUUAUUAUGAAAAAUUAGAUAAUAUUAAUCAGAUGGAGAAUGAAUUAUCAUUUUCUAAUCGAUCAAGAUGUUCUCAAAAUGAACAAAUUAUGGAAAAAACUGCAAAAGAUAAAGAUACAAUAACUAUCAAUUUGUAUCAAGAUGUAUGUGAAAAAUUACGAGAAUAUCCUGAACUUUGUACGGAUUUUUUAUUGUUUUUAAAACCACAUCAAGCUGCAAUGAUAGAUAAGUCAGUGGAAUAUAUAAUGCUUCAAAAGAUGAACGAAUUUGUUAAUGUAGCUCAAAUAUAUUUUGCUAAACAACCUUCUCGAAUAGCAAAAAUGAUGCAAGCUAUUACACAGCUUUCAUCUGAUACACAGAUAACAUUAGAACAUAUUCAUGCAACUAUGGGCCCUAUACUUAAGGGACAUCCUUUAGUUAUGGAUUUAUUUUUACAAAUAUUACCUACUGCUAAACCACCAGACAGUUUAUUUGCAUCACAUAUGUUUGAAAAUUUAACAUGCCCAGUAGGACCACAUGAUAAAAGUAAAAUUUAUACUGAAGAUGCACCUGAAUUAUAUGAAAAUAUAGAAUUACCAGUGUUAUCACUUCAAGAAGAUCCUUAUGGUGGAGAAAAUUGCAAGUGCAAUUGUCACAAUGGUGAUGAAACCACUUGUAAGAAUAUUUCUGAACAUUGCAUUUCUUGUGGUACAAGGUUUCUAAAUGGAAAAAUUUAUCUUCAAACAUCUGAAGGCCUAAGACCUGCAAAAAUUAUUUUUCCUGGAGCUGAUGAAGAAAAAUUGGAAAAUAUUGCUCGUGUAUCUUUAAAAAUUACUGAUAAAUUUACUUCAUCUAUUUCAUCUAAACAACGAAGAAAAUCUUCGAAAAAUGAAUUUCAUAGUGAUGAACAAUCUUGUUUAUCAAAAAGUUUACCUAUUAAAGAAAAUGAAGAUGGAGAAAAGUUAAUUGUAAAAUCUAAAAAAACUAUAAAAUCUCCAUCAAAAUCAACAGAUCAGAAAAAAAAUUUAAAAAGAUCUGGAAAUGAAAUAAAUCACAUAAAGAAUAGAAAUACAAAAAAAAUACGCAUAUCCCAAUGUAAAAAUAAAAGAAAAAACAAAGUUGAUAAACUAGAAGCAAAAUUAGAAUAUGUAGAUUCAAAUGUUAAUCAUAUAAAAUCAAAUAAAUAUUUAUCUAUUGACUAUAAAAAUUCUGAUAAAAAAACAUUAGUGAAAAAUAUAGAAAUUGAAAUAUCGAAUGAUAAUAUAAGAAAAAUUGAUUCAAAUUGUGAAAUAAAAAAUAUUAAUUUAAAUACAAAUGUAAAUAUUAAAUCAUGGACACGACAAGAAGAUAUGAUUCUGUUACAAGCUAUUAAAAAAGAAUAUUCUGAAAAUUCACUUGCCAUGGUUAGUAAAAUAUUAGGGAAUCGUACAAUUGAUCAAGUUAAAGAAAGAUGUGAAACUCUUCUUUCUUUAUUAGAAAAAAUGAUGUAAUUGUAUUAGAAAAAAAGAAAUAUAUAUAUAUAUAGUUGUUUAUUGUUGAUAAGUUGAUAAGUUGGCAAUCAAAGCAAUAUAGAGAACAAAAAGAGUACUUUUUUCUUUUGCUACAAUGAUCUUAAGUUAUCAGUUCUUCAUAUAAGUAUUUAAAUGUAUAUACUUAUUGUAGUUAUUAUUGAUAAAUUGAAUAAAUCGAAAAUAAUAUGAUCUAAUUGAUUAAUUUCGAUAGAUCUAAAAUUCAUUCAUAAAAAUAUAUAUAUUGAUCGGAAGUCUUCAAAUAAAAUCAUACAAUAUUAAUUGUAUGUGAUGAGCAAUAGAGAAGUAUUAAAUGGAAAAUAUUCUCAUUCUGUCAUCUUGCUAAUCAACUUGUUAUUUUUGCGAUAUAUAUACAUGCGAUUAUUAUUAAAUCUCAUGUCAAAUUUUUACUGA